UAUGAAGGUUCCUAUUAUCUCUGGUGCUAUGAACAGAUUUAAGAGACAAAGUUCUCUGUUAGAAGACGAUUUAUAUGAUGAUAAUCUCGCUUCUAAAAGUAAUCAAACAUUUGAUGAACCUGUCGUUCAUGUUGAUAGUAAUAUAUAUUGCAGCAUAAUUGAGAGUUUACGGAAGGGUUGCCUUUUGUUUAGUAUAUUGGAUAUAUGGGAUUUUGAUAGUGCUAAAAUUGCAAAAGAUUCCACAGAAGAAAUUAUUACAAAAAUAAAUACAGUAAAAGUGAGUCCCACAUUGGGUUACACUAUAAAUUUCAGUGAGCUUCUGGGAAACGUAACUCUAGAUGAAAAAAAUAGAAUUAUUGCUGCGACAGCUAUAAGGACUGAUCUAAUAGUUCAUGUUAGUUUUUUCAAUGUGGACAUGGAUAAAAUUGGAAAUAAUGCGGGAACUACUGAUAUGGCAACAGAUGAAGUAUUGAACUGGGAAUCAGCUUAUCUGGAAAAACUGAAAAAUCUUUCGUACCAAUUGCAAACCGAGAGAAAUACAAAUGAUUCUUUGAUGCUUUAUUACGACGCUGGUAGAAGUUUUGGAGAUAUUUCCGGCGAAAACAUAUUUCGAGAUGUGGAUAAAUUAUGUGUGGGAAUUUUCAUAUGUUUUUGGUACAUUUUAAUAAUUGCAUCCAAUUACAAUUGGGUAGAAUGGCGAAUUUAUCUUACUAGUAUCGGUCUUUUGAGCGUGAGUGCUGCAUUUAUAUUUGCGACGGCAAUAUGCUCUCUAAUUGGAAUUCCAUACGGGGUUGUGCACACAACCGCCGGGAAAAUGGAGGUGGACGCGGCUGUAGAAAUGUUCGGAAAAUCUGAGAAAUUGCACGACGUGAAAUAUACUUCGUACGUCGGUGACGGCGAUUGUAAAACUUUUAAAGGCGUCACAGAAUCUACACCUUAUGGACUGGGCGGUAAAGGAAAGCUCACAGCAAAACUAGAUGAGUUAAGUGUUUAUUACGGGUUAGUCAUCCGAAAAAAUAAAGAUUCUGUGCCGAAUAUGAAGAAGGCUAUCUGGGCCACGCUGAAACACAAAUCGUCAACUGAUAAGAACCCACAACACGAGAACUGUCCGCCUGGGAAAGACAGCUGUUGCACCUGGCAACAAGCCAAAGCUGAGAAUAAACUGGCCGAUUACAAAUACAAAACGGCUCUCCCCGACAAAGUGCUGAAGGCCAUCACUCCUGUGUAUGAAGAACUGAGCAACAAAGAUUUGUUGGAGCGCUGUGUAGGAGGAUACACUCAAAACAAUAAUGAGAGUCUAAACGUGAUGAUUUGGUCGUUUGCUCCGAAGCGAACAUUCAGCAGCUCCGAAACCGUCGAAAUUGCAUCAUAUUUUGCAGCAAGCAUUUUCAAUGAAGGCUUCAAGAGUAUCCUCAACAUGAUGCAAGUCUUGAAUAUAAGAAUUGGGACAAAUGUCGUCGAUAUGUGCAACAUGACGGACAAACAGAGAGUUUCAAUUGCAAACACGCGGACGUUCGACGCUUCAAGAGAAAGAAGAAUCGAGAAAAGAACGAUAAGAUUGGCUGUUGAAGAGGCUUUUCUUGAAGAGACUUUUCUUGAAGAGAAAGGUCCAAUAUAUAUCUUACCAACAUUUCGGUCGUUUUGUAUUUAUGCUGCAGUAGGAAUAUUUGUGACACUUUUAUUACAAAUUACAUUUUUUAUUGCCUGCUUUACUUUGGAUGCUAAAAGAAUAGAACAAAAGAGAAAUGGUAUAUUACCAUGUAUCGUACAUGAAAAUUUUGCGCCCAAGUCAUCAGAUAUGAGCAGUGCAUUUUCCUGGAAAUUGAUAAACUUCUUAUAUUCACGGAUACUAUUAACUACUCCGGGAAAAAUUAUUAUAAUAUUAAUUACUCUUUUAAUGAUGUCCAUAAGUAUUAUGGGUUUACUUCAGUUACAACAAUGGUAUGAUCCAAAGUGGUUAUUAUCGAAGGAUUCGUAUUUGCACCAAUUUAUAGCUAUCCGAGACGAAGCAUUUCCCAAUCAGGGAUAUGAAGCCUUCGUUAUUAUGGGAGAUGAUAUUGAUUACUCUUCUGAAUUUUCUAAAAUAAUAUCUAUGACAGAACGCUUACAAAACGCGUCUUUCGUACAAAACCUAGAACCUUGGCCGAUUGACUUCACAAAAUUCGUCUCGAUGUAUUAUGCUACAGAUUUAAAGACAACGAAGAUUUCAGACGACAAAUUCCAUCAUUAUCUGUCGCAAUUUCUAUUUAGUCGAGGUGGUGCCAAAUAUCAAAGAAAUUUUUUUUUCAAAGAGAAGUUGAGGUGUGGUAGGAAUACCCCUCAAAUCGCAGUAGCAAUUAUUGAAUUCAAUUUUAAACGAUUUGAAAGACCUGAUGAAAGCGUUUCAGCGAUGGAUAAUAGUGAACUCUUAACGAAUGAAGCGCAAAUUCAUGGAUACGUUACAGUGUGGUGCAAAAUGUUCAUAUAUUGGCUUUGCGAUAAAUUAAUAGGUCAAGAACUAUUGCGAAACAUCAUCUUGGCAUUAAUCUGCGUUAUGGGUACCACAGCGAUUCUCAUCGCCGAAGUGCAAACUUGUUUUUGGAUCUUACUCUCUGUACUUCUUACUCUGCUGAACAUUUCCGGAUUUAUGUAUUUCUGGGGACAAACAAUAAACAUUGUGUCCUGCAUUGGUCUUCAGUUAGCCAUCGGUUUAAGUGUGGAUUAUGCCGCACACAUCGCACAUGCUUUCCUCAAUGCCGAGUCGCGAGAGGAUGACGACAAUGCUCGCAGGACUCGAGCACUGAUUGCUGUCAGGCAUAUCGGCGCAGCAGUUAUACAUGGUGCGAGUACAACUUUUAUCGGCAUUUUGAUGACGUCCUACUCGAAAUCCUUCGUAUUCAUCUCCUUUUUCCGAAUAUUCAUCAUGGUAAUUUUGUUUGGACUCUGGAAUGGAUUAAUCUUAUUGCCAGUCGUGUUGAGCAGUAUCGGGCCACAAAGUUUACGUGUAACACAACAACCACAAGAAAUGUCCGAGAAGUUCAUUGCUGCAACUGAUGAUAAAAAUUGAAACGGAAAUAUAGUCUACAGUUUGUUCAGAAAAUUUAUCUUUUUCAUUUAUUUUGUAAUUCAAUAAAUAUACUUACAAAAUUA